AUGGAAAAAGAAAAAAAUUCCUCUUAUAUGUAUCAAGAUACAUUAAAAGAUUUAGGUGAAGGCCUACAAAAUAUGGAGACUAUUAAAUUGAAUAAAAAUAAUAAAAAUUAUGAUUUUGAGAAUAUAAAUAAGGGAACAGAUGAACCAGAAGAAAAUAAAUAUGAAAAAGGAAAUGAAAAAGACAACGAUAAUGACAAUUAUUAUAUUAAAGAUUCCUUAAACAAAAUAUUAGAAUCAAAUAAAGAUUCUUAUUUAAAAAAUUUAGAUUAUUAUAAAAAUAACUCAAAAUAUAAAAUUGAUCCAUGUAUCCAUGUAGAAGGAGUUGAAGAAAUUGAAAAUUAUAUAAUAAAAGAAAAAGUUUAUUUAACAACUUACGUUCAAUACAUAGACGUAUAUGAAGAUACAACAAACGUAGAAGAAGAUGUUGAAAAAGAAGAAGUGGAAUAUGUAGAGGUACCAAAAUAUGUAACAAAAUAUAAACCAAAAAUAGUUACUGAUAUAGUUGAGAAAACUAUUGAAAUUCCUAGUGGCGAAGAAAUUAAACAACCAAAAUAUAAUACAGUAGAUGUUCCUUAUAUAGUACCAAAUAUUGUAGAAAAUGAAAUUUUAGUUGUUUCAAAAAAAAUAAUUCAACCUGAGAUUGAAAUAUCUAAUGAAGUUUUAGAAGUAGAAGUAGAAAAAUAUAUUCCUCAUUUGGUUCCAGUAAAUGUCUAUGUGCCACGUUACUUCGGUAUUUCAGCUAAGACGAAAGGAGUUGCUGAAGAAUCUGUUAAAUAUGUAGAUUUAUCACAAGAUCAAAUUGAUACAUUAAUAAAGGAAUUAAAUCCUCACUUAGAUGAAUUAAAAUUAUUUAAUGAAAACCAAUUAAAAAGAAUGGAUGAAUAUGUUAAAGAAUCACAAAUACAAGCAAAAGCACAUAAUUUUGAACCUCCACAACCACAAGUUAUUACAUAUGAUGAAAAUGGUAAUUGCCAAAGUUUUGAUUAUUCUGAAUUUGAUAGAAUUAAAGAAUCUUACCUUAAAGAGUUAGCACAUUAA